AUGCCGUUUGCUGUUUGUAGUGUUGUGUUUCUGCUUCGUUUCUAUGCACUACUGAUUCACUUCACGGAUACCACUUCUGUCGAAACCCUAUGUCGACACGAGAUCGCAAAUGCAUCGGAUAUAGUGACCCGCGUUGCUCUCACUGCGGGGCGCCUUUUCGUACGCCAGUCACCACCGGAUCAAUUGAGAAUACACAUUCAUUAUGACCAGUCGAUUCAAGUUUUGGAAGAGUUUGAUCAUGUUCGCAAAUGCCGUUCAAUCGUCAACGGCUCCUACGUUUUAUCAAACGAACAAGGUCAGGGACUGGAAAACACCGAUUUUGUACUGUACAUUGCAGUUUUACCCACCGCUCGAUGCACUACCAGUAAAGUUCUCGGCUACGCAUCCCAUUGCCAGCUGGCUGCGAAAACGGACAGGCCGAUUGCUGGAUAUAUAAACUUCUGUCCGGGUGCUUUGAGUCAGAAACCAAUCGACUCAAUGCGUUCUUUGUUCAUUGCCAAACACGAACUACUCCACGCACUGGGGUUUUCCAGCAGUCUGUUUGCCAUGUAUCGGGAUCCGCUGGGCCGUCCGUUAACACCGCGUGAUCCAAAAACGCAGCUGCCCGCUUUGGGUUGGUCUCACUCGGGGGCGUUUUUCAAUUGUCCAACACUGGACGGUGUGGAACUGGAAGAUCAAGAUGAACCGGGUGUGUUUCUAACGCACUGGGAAAAGCGAAUUUUAGAGAAUGAGCUCAUGACUGCUACUUACACGAAUUCGUACCGCGUUUCCCCAAUUACCUUGGCAAUGAUGGAAGACACCGGGUUGGUUACAGUUUGUUGGUACUUGGCUAACUACUCCAUGUCCCACGAUUUCAGUUGGGGCCGUGGUCGGGGUUGUGCAUUUGCAACUGCCAGCUGUUUGGAAUAUAUGUUGGAGCAAAAAAUGCGCCUCUAUCCGGUAACACCUUUCUGUCAACAAGUUCAACCACCUCCGGAACGUACUGAAGAGACCGGUGUGCAAGUCAGCUGUACACCAGACGGAGUCAGUUACGGGUUUUGCAAUCUGAUGGUUCAUUCGAAACCACUGGCACCGCAAUACGUGUAUUUUGUACAGACAAAACAGUCGGGACGAUGGAGUCCGGUUCAACCGUUAUCCAUACUGGAAUUGGGCAAUGGACAACGCUUGAGCGAUUCUCGACCACUGGAUUAUGUGGGAGGGAAAAUCGCAUUGGCGAACUACUGUCCUUUUUUUCAGUUCCGGUGCUCCCGUCUCGAAGGUGGUCUGGUGAUUGAACUGGAAGGUGGAUUAGCUAUUCCUUGCACCAUCCCCGGACGCCUGGUUUCUGUGAAAGCUUGCCUGGUUGCUCAAGGCUACACGAUCCACGGUAGUUUGGUCUGUCCCGAUUGUCGCCUACUGUGCGAUGUGAACCACCGAUCUCAAGACAAUUCGGUGCGCACGAUGAUCUCGGACGCUCACAGACGUCUUACCAAGUACAAGGAGGUUAUGCAAGAAGAACAGCAGAACUGUCGAACUAUACUGAGCGAACGACAGAUGGAACAGCUGGAGGAUGCAGUAAGUCGACGUGUCAAAAAUGUCAAAAGAAAAAGAAAACUAGCAUUCUCAAGUUGGAUGAUAACGAGCUAA